AUGAACAAGCCACAGGAGGAACAGCUGUCCCUGUUGCCAGACAACACUGCCUUGAAGCAGCAGCGAUUGCCAGCCUACCGGCUGCAGCUCUCGGCCUCCAAGGUCCUCUCUGGCUUCUUUGCCACGGGAGCAUUCUGCCUGGGUAUGGGCAUCAUCCUUCUAUUGUCUGCAAAGAGCAUCAAGGAAGUAGAGAUAAAUUACACCAAUAUUUGUGCAAGCUGUGCAAAACUCCGGGAAAACGCCAUUAAUUUUGACAAAGAAUGCUCCUGCUCCAUUCCUUUUUACCUGCCAGAGAUAAUGCAAGGUAAUGUUUAUAUGUACUAUAAAUUAUAUGGCUUCCAUCAGAACCUCUAUCAUUAUAUCCUAUCCAGAAGUAAUACCCAACUGAUGGGUAAAAAUAUAAAGGAUGUUGAAAAAUGUGGUUCAUUCCAAAAGACCAGCAAUGGAACCCCCAUCUGUCCUUGUGGAGCUAUCGCCAACAGCAUGUUCAAUGACACCAUCAUUCUUUUAUACAACCUUAAUUCAUCUAUAUAUAUCAAAGUCCCAAUGCUGUCCCGUGGAAUUACAUGGUGGACAGACAAGUACAUCAAGUUUCAGAAUCCAAAAUCCAUUGAUCUUCCUAGUGCAUUUGAAGGAACUGCAAAGCCGCCCUACUGGCGUAAGCCUAUCUAUGAACUGGACGAAGAUGACCCAGAGAACAGUGGCUUCGUCAAUGAGGACUUCAUUGUGUGGAUGCGGACAGCUGCCUUUCCCACUUUCAAGAAACUGUACCGUCGACUCCAUCGAAUACAGUAUUUUACUGAAGGUUUGCCUGCUGGUAACUAUAGUUUCAACAUAGCCUACAACUUCCCGGUAACCAGGUUCCAAGGAGAGAAGUCGGUCGUUCUUUCCACCCUGACAUGGAGCGGCGGCAGCAGCCUUUUCCUAGGUCUCGUCUACACGGUGACAGGAGCCGUGACAUGGCUGGCCUCCUUCUCCAUGAUGGCCAUUCACCUGAUGCUGGCAAAAAGGAAAAUGUUCUUCCCCAACUACAAAGUCAAGCUUUGA